CCAUCCACGAGGAUCUGAAAGAAAAGUAUAUGUGAAAAUGACACAUCUUUCUUCCAUUACUUUCCAGCCAAACUUUAAACAGGGGCCUCUUUCUUUCGCAGGUUUCUUAAGCCAAUUGAGAGAGAGAGAUUGAGCAAAUGAUCAACAGUUUUCUUCCUCACUUCCCCGUCCCUCCAAAAUUUGCAGUAGCUUUGGAUUGGGCUUAGCUGCGCCGGGUUGGAUUAACGGAGGUCAAGGUCGAACCCCCUGCUGGCACACACCCGGUGACGGACCUGGUUCGGUGUCUGACACUCGACGCCCCCCCCCCCCCCCCCGGUCCGUUCACCGAACGGAGCCUCCACUCCAGUCAGUCCCUGCCACCCACCCGUCGUAUCAGUUUAAUUUUGCAGCUCAGACUUGGCCUUAUUUUCUCUUUUACUUCCUUUUUUGGGGGAAGCAGCGGAAUAAGCUUUGUUCUAGAUUUAGGGCGGAGGGAGUGUGAUAGUCCAAAGCUGUUCCUGAAUCUUGACCAAACCCGGAUUUACUUUGAUGCCACUCUGUCUCUCUCUCUCUAAAUUAUUGUUCUUAUUUUAAUUUCCAAUUUUUUAACCUCUCUCUCUCUCUGUCUGCUUUGGUUUUUUUUUUUUUUCCUGCGUCACCCUCUCACCCUUUUGUCAACCGAAGAAACUGAAUAACUCACAGAGUAGGUAGAGGGAGAGAGAAAGAGAUACAGAGAAAGGACACAAAGCAGAAAGAGAAGGAAAAAGAUGAGAAAAGAAUAUCAAAAGAAAAUUUAUAUACAGAUUUGUCAACAUUCACAAACAGUGUUUCAAGAACCGAAGUUUGAGGUAAGUGGUUUUGUUUUUUCUCCUUUUUAAGAAAGAGAGAGAGGGUGGGGAGAAAGAUUAAAAAUGCAUUUUCGGUGUAUUGGAUAUCUUUGAUUGUGAUUCUUACAUUCAAAGAUAGGUACACUUGUUGAACAUUCAUUACAAAAGUCCACAUUAAGAGUGAGAGAGAUGGCCAUGCUUGGAUCUUUGGGUCAAUGUUCAUGAACUAUGGUGGGUCGGCGAAGCAUAGUAUCUUUUGGGUUCUUGUUAUUGUUGCUGUUCGAAUCCACGUUAGAACAGUCAGAGCCACUGAGUUCACACACUGAGCGAGCUGCUCUGCUCGACCUCAGAUCGUCUUUAGGGUUAAGAAGCAGGGACUGGCCUCGAAAGGCCGAACCUUGCUCAAGCUGGCGUGGUGUGAGAUGCCUGAAUGGUAGAGUCAUUGGCUUGAACAUUUCUGGGUUUCAAAGAACCAGAGUUGGCAGGCAAAAUCCACAGUUCGCUGUUAAUUCCUUGGCCAAUUUGACGCUCUUGUCUUCCUUUAAUGCUUCGAAUUUCUUGCUCCCCGGGGCGAUCCCCGAUUGGUUCGGGUUUCGAAUGGCGGCCAUCCAAGUGCUUGAUCUUCGGUCUUGUUCUGUUAAUGGUACUAUCCCUUCGAGUCUUGGAAAUUUGACCAACUUAAUUAGCCUCUACCUCUCUAAGAAUAACCUCACUGGGCAAAUCCCUGUUAGUUUGGGUCGACUGCUGCGCCUUUCAAUUCUUGGUCUUUCUGGGAAUUCUCUUAAUGGAUCCAUUCCCGCAUCAAUUGCAUCGCUCGGAAAUCUUUCUUUUCUUGACCUGUCUUCGAAUAACUUUACCGGGUCGAUUCCCUCGGGCAUUGGGACCCUAGUGAUGCUUCAGUAUUUGAAUCUUUCGGGCAAUACUUUAUCAUCUUCGAUACCUGCUCAAUUCGGGGACCUUCAAAACUUGGUUGACCUUGAUCUCAGCUUCAAUACUUUGUCCGGGUCGGUGCCUGAGGAUUUGAGAGGGUUGAGGAAUUUGCAAAAUAUGAUAAUUGGGGAAAAUUUUCUUGGUGGGUCGCUUCCGGUUGAUUUGUUUGCUACUUUGACGCAGUUGCAAGCCAUAGUUCUGAGACACAAUGGUUUUACUGGGUCUCUCCCCGAUGUGCUGUGGUCAAUGCCUGAAUUGCGUUUACUGGAUGUCUCGGGCAACAAUUUCACUGGCAUGCUACCCAAUAGCUCGAACAGGAGUGCCAUUUCUGCUGUACUCAAUUUUUCUCAGAAUAUGUUCUAUGGUGGUCUUACGCCAUCCCUGAAAAGAUUCAGUUCCAUUGAUCUGUCUGGAAAUUACUUUAAAGGCAGCGUUCCGGACCAUGCAAGAAGUAACGCAUCUCUUGACAGCAAUUGCCUCCAAAAUGUGUCAAGUCAAAGGACUUUAGCAGAGUGCUCAUCGUUCUAUGUAGAGAGGGGUCUGAAUUUCGAUAAUUUUGGACUUCCAAACUCGGCACAACCUUCUGAUGCAGGAAAUUCGAGGAAGAGCAAUAGAACGACAAUCAUAUUGGCCGCAGUUUUUGGGGGACUUGGUUUUGUGCUUUUGGUCAUAUUGUUCAUGCUGUUGCUAGUAUGCACCCGUAAGAGGGGUGCCACAAAUCAAAGAGGGUUUGGUGUGGGGCCUGUUCCCCCAGGCAGUGAACCACCUCCUGGAUUAGUGAUUAACUUUUCGAGUCUAGGAGACACAUUUACAUAUCAGCAACUUCUUCAAGCCACAGGUGACUUUAGCAAAACAAACCUCAUCAAACAUGGCCAUUGGGAUCUCUUUCAUGGUGUUUUGGAGAAUGGAAUCGAUGUGGUCAUCAAAAGGAUUGAUCUGCGUACAAUUAAAAUGGAAGCAUAUCUUUUGGAAUUGGAUUUCUUUAGUAAAACUUCACAUACAAGAUUGGUUCCCUUCUUGGGACAUUGCCUAGAGAAUGAGCACGAGAAGUUCCUGGUUUACAAGUUCAUGCCGAAUGGAGACUUGUCAAACUCCUUAUACCGGAACAACAAUUCAGAUGAUGAUGGUUUACUGUCGUUAGAUUGGAUAACAAGGCUGAAAAUUGCAAUAGGAGCUGCGGAGGGUCUAUGUUAUCUGCAUCAUGAAUGUACUCCACCACUUGUACACAGAGAUGUUCAAGCAAGCAGUAUACUUCUUGAUGAUAAAUUUGAGGUGCGCUUAGGGAGCCUGAGGGAGGUCUGCACUCAAGAAGGGGAUACUCAUCAAAACAGAAUUACCAGAAUGCUACGGUUGCCACAAUCAUCUGAACAAGGUGCUUCUGGUCCAUUGACAGCAAUAUGUUCCUAUGAUGUUCACUGCUUUGGCAAGGUGUUACUCGAGUUAGUAACCGGCAGACUCGGUGUCAGCGCCUCUAGUGAUUCUCAAGUUAAGGAAUGGCUUGAAAAUACAUUGCCAUACAUCAGUAUAUACGACAAGGAACUUGUGACGAAAAUUGUGGAUCCAUCUCUGAUUGUAGACGAGGAUCUAUUAGAGGAAGUUUGGGCCAUGGCUAUUGUUGCCAGGUCUUGCCUCAAUCCAAAGCCUUCAAGACGGCCCUUAAUGAGAUACAUCCUCAAGGCUUUGGAAAAUCCUUUAAAGGUUGUCAGGGAAGAAAAUUCCACUUCUGAAAAGCUUAGAACUGCUUCUUCAAGAGGGUCUUGGAAUGCUGCUCUGUUUGGUAGCUGGCGCCACAGCUCAUCCGAUGUUACAGUUAUUCCAGCUGCCUCCGCUUAUAGAGCAGAAGGAACAAGUAGCUUGAAACAGUCGACGGGUUCACAAGGAAGUGGCCAAAGUGGCCCAAAUGGUGGGGGUGAACGUUCAUCCUCCCGCAGAAGGCAUUCCAAGGAGAUAUUUCCUGAACCAUCCGAAGUACUAGAAAGACCAGAUCAUGACUAGCACAGAGGACGGAUGUUCUUGAUUCUUUGUCAAUAAUACAGCAGGCUUCCCAUUUACUGGUUUGCUGAUACCCUGCAUGCGGCACGCCCUUCUUGUUGUUGAGCUAUUGGGAUUUCAAGCCCAUCUUAUAGUCGGUGUGUUUGCAGGACAUCUAAACUCUCUGAAGGAAAACUAGAACAUAGGUGGUGCAUAAUUGUUUGAGGGCUCGUUGUUGGUAAGAACAGACUACAAGUUGCAGCAGUAAUUGAAUUUCUUUUUUUGGUUGGGGGGGUGGUUCUGGUGUCUGGGUCAUUUUUGUGGAAUGUAAUGUAGGAUUGCAAUGGCUGCUUCACUCCAAUCAGAUUCUUGCCUGUGUUCAGAAUGUGGA